AUGUUUGAGACUUUUAUUUGCCGAUUGAAUAUCGCAGGUGGCGAUACAACCGCGGUCACUGCAAGCACCACCACAGCGACACCCACACCCACACCCACGAGUACAACAGAGAAAAAGGAUACAGGCGGUAUAGAAACCGCAGCCAAAACUGGUACUAAACGACCCGCACCCGCCGGAGGAGAAACUAAAAAAGCCAAGAAGAUCAAG